UUGCAUCAGUUUGCUUCUAGUAUCACCCCAAGUCGAAUUGGGUUUCCUUCAAUUUUGUGUAUUUCAUAACCAUGGAUCCACGUUUCUAUGAAAAUCCCAACUUUAAUGAUCAAACCAUUUUGCCUGAUAUGUUAAAUGAGUACCCAAGUAGUGAACCUUUGAAAGAUCUUAGCUUUUUGGACCCAAAUCCCAGUAACUCUGCUUUGUCAUCAAUCUCUAGCCCUGAGGGAGAUGAGUUUUCUGAUAGUGUGCUCAAGUACAUAAAUCAGGUGCUCAUGGAGGAGGACAUGGAAUCAAAGCCAUGUAUGUUCCAUGACCCUUUGGUUCUUCAAGCCACUGAGGAGUCUCUUUAUGAGGUUAUUGGAGGAGGGAAGUAUCCUACUUCCCAAGACCAAAAACCCUCUUUAUGUGGUUCAUCUGGCGACAAUGUAGAUGUGCAGAAUGAAAAAAGCAAAAAUUCGCAGGCAAAUGGACAGCCACAAACAUCAAAUGGUGGAGGUGAGAAGUCUCGUGCCAAGAAACAAGGCAAGAAGAAGGAAACUGUGGAUUUAAGGAAUCUUUUGAUACUGUGUGCACAAGCUGUGUCUACCAAUGAUUUUAGGACCUCUACUGAACUACUAAAGCAAAUUAGGCAAAAUUCUUCUCCUUUUGGCGAUGGAUCUCAGAGGUUGGCUCAUUGCUUUGCAAAUGGCCUCGAGGCACGAAUGGCUGGUGCCGGAAUUAGGACCCAGAUUUCUCAUGCUGCUGUGGCUUCCAAACAGAAGGCUGUUGAAAAGUUGAGAGCUUACCAAGUUCAUCUUUCAGCUUGCCCAUUUAAGAAAGUGUCAAUUUUCUUUAUGAACAAGAUGAUUAUGCAGAUGGCUGAGAACGCAACUACCCUCCAUAUUGUAGAUUUUGGUAUCCUGUAUGGUUUUCAGUGGCCAAUCCUUAUCCACAAGCUUUCAAUGAGACCUGGUGGACCUCCCAAGCUAAGAAUUACAGGGAUAGAAGUUCCCCAACCUGGAUUUCGCCCAGCAGAGUGGAUCGAAGAGACUGGAAGACGCUUGGCAAAAUAUUGUGAGCGCUUUAAGGUUCCUUUUGAGUUUAAUGCGAUAGCAUCGCAAAAUUGGGAGUCCAUCAAAGUAGAGGACCUCAAGGUUGAGAGGAAUGAGGUGCUUGCUGUGAAUUGUAUGUUACGGUUCAAGAACCUACUGGAUGAGACAGUUGAAGUGAAUUGUCCAAGAGAUUCUGUUCUAAAGCUAAUCAGGAGUUUGAAACCAGAUAUUUUUGUUCAUACUAUUAGUAAUGGUGCCUACAAUUCCCCAUUCUUUGUCACUCGAUUUCGGGAGGCUCUCUUCCACUUCUCUGCCUUGUAUGAUGUGUUUGAUGUUAACAUAGCCCGCGACAGUCCUGAGAGGUUGAAGUUUGAAACAGAGUUCUAUGGCGUGGAGGCAAUGAAUGUGAUAGCAUGUGAAGGGAUUGAGAGAGAUGAGAGGGCUGAGACAUACAAGCAAUGGCAGGUACGUACUCAAAGGGCUGGUCUGAAGCUGUUGCCAUUGGACCAAGAGACUACAAAGGUGUAUAGGGAUAAGGUGAAGAAUGUGUACCACAAAGAUUUCGCAAUUGAUCAAGAUGGUGAUUGGAUGCUUCAAGGAUGGAAAGGUCGAAUUAUCUAUGCUUCUUCUUGUUGGGUGCCUCUAGAGAUAAUUAACUGGGUGAGAGCCAAUAAGAUAUGUAAGCUCACUAUUAUGAGGACCAUCUCUGAUGUUGUGAAAGGUGGUAUUCCCGAGAAAGAGAUAGCUAGUGAGUACCUUACUGCCAUAGUUGAGAGGUUCACGAUUAGUGACAAGGCUGAGACUCCAUUGUUGUUAGACCAGCUGCAUGGGAGGGAUUUCAGAACUAGCAUCACAAUCAUGUCUUCCUCCAUGUUCAUCUUAAGGGCAGAACAUAAGAGGAUUAAGAAGGUUACCAUUCACCUAGUCACCACCAAACUACAAUACAAUAAACCUGAAAAGAAAGCUAGCCCUUCUAAGAACGUGGGAGUUGGCAAGAAGGCCGUGAAAGUCAGUGGCAACAAGGGAGGCAUCAAAUGCUUGUUUUGUAAGGUUAAGGGCCACAUGAAGAAGGAUUGUGGCAACUCACCUGUGCAUAUCACCAAUUCUCUACAGGGGCUGCAAAGCCAGAGGAGGCCAAAGGAAAAUGAGAUCAGGAUCCAUGUUGGAGAAGGCAUGAGAGUAGGAAUUGAAGCAUUUGUGAAUAUGGAUCCAACUUACACUGGACUCCCUGAUUUCAUGAACGACAUUGAUUUCGAGCCCAUGUUACCCAAUUCAUCUCAAUUCCCAGACAUCUCAAAUCAGUACCAAUUUAACCAGCUCUCUCCAGAUCUUGAUUUUCUGAGCAAUCAGUUUUCAAUUCCACCGGAACCGGAAUCCGGUAAUCUUGUUCCUCCAAUUAGUGUUAGCACAGAGGGAGAGUCAUUUAAUCCUAAUGGAGGCUCAUUUUCUGGUCCUACUACUGUGAGCCCUGGAGUGGACUCUCCUUCCUCUGAUGAUAUUGACUUCUCUGAAACUGUGUUCAAGUAUGUAAACCAGAUGCUUCUAGAGGAGAACGUAGAGCAAAUGCCUAUCAUGUUCCAUGAUCCAUUGGGCCUUCGUGUCACCGAGAAAUCUUUCUUUGAUGUUCUUGGCCAACAGUAUCCAUUCUCACCAAAUCAGCAACAACAACAACCACAACAACAACAGCAAACACUUUAUGUUGAUCAACCCAACCGGCAACCGCUUUAUGUUGACCAAAAAGUUGAGAGCCCUGAUGAUUAUUUUGCCGGAAGCAGUAGUGAUUUCAAUGCUAGUAGUAGUAGUCCUAGUACUGGCAGUAGCAACUCGGCUGAUUAUCAGUCGCGUGGUGAAUCUGGAGAGCAGAAGCCAUCUUUUUCACAAACCUCUCUUUCUAGUGACAGUGUGAACCAUUCCACUUCCAAUUCCAAUUCGCAACCGUCUCUUCCUCUGACAAAUAGCCUGUCUACCUUUGGUGAUGGGAUGUUGGAAGCUUCUGUGAAUCAGUUUCUGGCUCAGAAUAUAUUUACAGAUAGUGAAUCUGUCUUGCAGUUUCAGAGAGGGGUAGAGGAAGCUAGUAAGUUCCUUCCUAAAGUUAAUCCAUUGGUUAUUGAUUUGGAAAGCAGUAGUGUGUCUUCAGAAGUGAAAGGACAUGCUUCAACUGUUGUCGUCAAGAAGGAAAAGAGUGAGAGGAAGACCUCACCUAGUAAGCGAAGGGGAAGGAGGAACUCACCGAAUGGGUCAAUGGAAAGGAAGAAGUCACCUAAUGGGUCAAAAGGAAAGAAGAAUCACGAGCGAGAAGAUGUGGAUUCUGAAGGGAGGAGUAGCAAGCAGUCUGCAGUUUUUAAGGAGGAGAUGGAGGAGGAGGAGGAGGAAUUAUCUGAGUUGUUUGACAAGGUCUUGCUUUGUACGGACGGGGGUAAUCAGUCUUCAUGUGGUUCAUGUGGCGACAAUGUAGAUGUGAAGAAUGAAGAAAGCAAAAACUUACAGCCAAAUGGACAGCCACUGGCAUCAAAUGGUGAAGGUGGGAAGGCUCGUGCUAAGAAACAAGGCAAGAAGAAGGAAACUGUGGAUUUAAGAAAUCUCCUGAUUCUCUGUGCACAAGCUGUGUCUGUCAAUGAUUAUAGGACCUCUACCGAACUACUAAAGCAAAUUAGGCAGCAUUCUUCUCCUUUUGGCGAUGGAUCUCAGAGGUUGGCUCAUUUCUUUGCAAAUGGCCUGGAGGCACGAAUGGCUGGUACUGGCACUGGAACCCAGAUUUUUUAUACUUCCCUUGCUUCCAAAAAGACAUCGGCUGUUGAGAUUUUGAAAUCUUACCAAGUCAGUCUUGCAUCUUGCCCUUUUAAAAGGAUGUCAAUUUUCUUCAAAAACAAGAUGAUUUUUAAGAUGGCUGAGAAAGCAACUACCCUCCAUAUUGUGGAUUUUGGUAUCCUGUAUGGUUUUCAGUGGCCAAUCCUUAUCCACAAGCUUUCAAUGAGACCUGGUGGACCUCCCAAGCUACGAAUUACAGGGAUAGAGGUUCCCCAACCUGGAUUUCGCCCAGCAGAGUGGAUCGAAGAGACUGGAAGACGCUUGGCAAAAUAUUGUGAGCGCUUUAAGGUUCCUUUUGAGUUUAAUGCGAUAGCUUCGCAAAAUUGGGAGUCCAUCAAAGUAGAGGACCUCAAGGUUGAGAGGAAUGAGGUGCUUGCUGUGAAUUGUAUGUUACGGUUCAAAAACCUACUGGAUGAGACAGUUGAAGUGAAUUGUCCAAGAGAUUCUGUUCUAAAGCUAAUCAGGAGUUUGAAACCAGAUAUUUUUGUUCAUACUAUUAUUAAUGGUGCCUACAAUGCCCCAUUCUUUGUCACUCGAUUUCGGGAGGCUCUCUUCCACUUCUCUGCCUUGUAUGAUGUGUUUGAUGUUAAUAUACCCCGUGACAAUCCACAGAGGUUGAUGUUUGAAGCAGAGUUCUAUGGCCGAGAGGCCAUGAAUGUGAUAGCAUGUGAGGGGAUAGAGAGGGUUGAGAGGGCCGAGACAUACAAGCAGUGGCAAGUACGCUGUCAAAGGGCUGGUUUACAGCUUUUGCCAUUGGACCAAGAGUUAGUGAAGGUGUUUAGGGAUAAGGUGAAGGAAUGGUACCACAAAGAUUUCACAAUUGAUCAAGAUAGUAAUUGGAUGCUUCAAGGAUGGAAAGGCCGAAUUGUCUAUGCUUCUUCUUGUUGGGUGCCUGCAUAAGAGUCUUACAAAUCAUUUCUUUUUGGAAGUUUGUUAUUCUGUGAGACUGGAGAUGAAAAGGAUGUCAAGUUACCAGUUCAGAGAUCAAUUGUGGUAGUACUUACUUCUUGCGGAAGAACGUAAGUAGGAGGUGAUGAUUUGCUUAGAUGGCUGCGGCAACUCAAAUGGAUGCAAUAUCUGAAGGUUUUUUGGUCUGAUAAAUGACAAUCUGAGAUAUAGGGUUCUAAUAUGAUAUGUAGUUGUCUAGAUGCAGUUGGUUGUAUGACUAACAAAACUGCUUAGAUAGUGAACAAAAUAGGAACUUCUGUUGUGAUGGAAAGCUAAUGUUACACUAAAAUUGCCUACUGGCAUACUUGGUGGGGCACUUGUAUCCUUGAUCCUUGUAUUUACCAUAGGUUUAGGAAUGGAAGGGUUUAGAUGUUCUGAAUCUUUGUACAAUCUUUUGGAAACUUGGAAGCUAUAUAUCUGUUUUAUCAGAUAUUCUCAAGAAGUGGACUUUUCAUUUAAUUUAUAGUACAUGCUUUUUAUGUGGUUU